GUUUUAAAACAAUUUUGCAGCAGAAAUUAAUACAUUUUUAAACACAUUUACCAAAAACAUUAAAAUGUAUCAUAUUAUUCAAAAGUUGAUCCGAAUUAGAGAGGAACAUCCACAAAUUUACAAAAGAACUGAGAGAUUAUUCCAAGAACAUACAAAACUAAGUCAAGGGUUGACUUUGGUGGAAGUUCGAGAAAAAUAUCUAAAAAUGUAUAAUGAAGUGUUCCCAAUUUCACCGGAUGAAAAUAUUAUGGUGGAGUUUCUGCUUAGCAUACAUUUAAUGUCAACCCACCGAAAACGCGGUGCAAGUCAAAUAUUUUAUUUGGCUGAACCAAAAAUUGAUAUAGUAUCCUUCAUCCGUGACACUAACUAUACCGAAUAAUGGUACUGAGUACCCGUAUAUUACAUAAAUCUACUUUAUUCACCACUUUAUUCAGACUUCUUAUUAUAUCUGAUGUAUAAAUAUUGUGCUUUGCAUAAUAUUAAAGAUUAAUAAAAAUUUUUUUUAAUA